AUGCACGACAUCUUGGAAGGGGUUUUAGAGUACGAUUUAGGUUUGAUUUUAAACUAUUUCAUAAAAGAAGCAAAAUUGUUUUCUUUAGAUAAUUUCAACGACAGGAUAGAAAGUUUAUAUUAUGGACCAGAUGAAAUAAGAAACAAGCCCCGAGACAUAAAAAAAAAUCAAAUAACUGAAAAAUACUUGAAAGUUUCUGCUGCUGAAGCAUUAUGUGUUAUUCGCAAUCUUGGUGUUCUGAUAGGUCAUUUCAUUCCGGUUGAUGAUCUACAUUGGAAAUUAUGUAUUUAUCUAAAAGUCAUAAUAGAUAUUGUCACAUCGCCAAUAAUCCAUGAUGACUUAUGUGAUUACUUACAACGACAAAUAAGUGAAUAUUUGAGGCUGUUAACUUCCUUGUUUUCGAAUUGCCUGAAGCCCAAGCACCACUUUCUGCUUCAUUAUUCACGUGUUAUGAAACUUAUGGGUCCACUUUGGAAUUUGAACACCAUGAGAGCCGAAAGUAAAAAUAAAGAAGCUAAAGUAGAUGCACGUACCGCAGUAAGCAGAAGAAAUAUUUGUAAGACUAUAGCGAUCAAACAACAACUUCAUUUGAGUUACAGAUUUACAUUAAAUCAUCAAAAUGUAUGUAAAUAUGACUAUGAAGUUGAUGAUGUUACACUGCUUAAAGACUUACCUCAAUAUUCAUCUUACUGUCAGUAUUUACCUAAAAGUACUAUAGAACAUAUAUAUGAAAUAAAAUUAUUAAAAUUCAAAGCACGGUCAAUUAAAAUAGAUAUAAUCUUAAUGAUUCCAACCAGCUCUGGACCAAAUUUCUUUGAAGUUUUUAUUAUAAUUCACGAUUUUAACGAUCAAUUAUUCAUCAUUACUAAAAAUUUAACUGACUACUGUUAUUACGAUGAACAUUAUCAAGCCUAUGAAAUUCACCCGUAUGCUUUAAAUGAUACUCCAAAUUGGAGAAUUAUAAGAUCAGAUGAUUUAGAAUCAUGCUGUAUUACACAUGUUACUAAAGCCGGAAAUGAAAAAAAAUAUAUUGUAAAACGAUGGGUAUAA